AUGCCAUUGGCCCCGCUGGGUGUCACGUCGCAGUCCAGGAAGAAGCUCACGACGUCCGCGUCUCAUGAAAGUCACUGUGCAGCCGAAGACAAGGAAAACCAGACUGCUGAGAGCGCCCUAAACAGACCAGAACGAGGUCAUACGGAUUGCGUCGACCGAAAUGGACUUUCAGAACCCACGUUACCGCAGACACCCACCGUCCGAAUACCUAUCGAAGAUCUGAUCGCAAACACUGAAGACGCUUACAAUUGUGCCCCUCCUCUCGCCACUCCAGUCGACCACGUUCUCUGGCAAACCAAUCCAGCAAGUUCAACUUCGCUGGAAGCUGCUGAAGCCACCCAAAGAAGCAGGAAACGUGCUCACAGUUCUUCUCCCGCUUCGUCGCAGCAGCUUUCUGCACACAAGGAUGCCCUAAAUCUAGACACUCUGAACAGGUCCCUGCGCACUCCAAACAACGACCCGACGCAGGAUCUGUGGAAUCGCUACACUACUGCCAAUGGGCUAAAAAAGGAUCCCAAGGAACCUACGUUGCCCGCAUACCCUCAUUUGCUGCCGUCUUCCCCUCAGACACCCAGUACGACGGGUAAGGACGGUGGCCUACGGAGGACGCACAGCUGUGGAGUUGAGUGGCCUACGUCGAAGGCAAAGCGCAGGAGGAUGGAUGAGCAAUACAGCCGAACAAAGGAGUUGUUCGCCGCUUCUCGAAAGGAUAUCUUGCGGCGCGAUCUGUCCAACAACACCCGUGUCGGGCUUUUGCUUGAGAAGAUUCAGGAAAGCCUGACCAAGAAGGCCGAUGCGCCGGAAAGUCCUUCGAGCUCUUCCCCCCUCCCCGACAGGCGCUCGCAAGCGCUGGUCUCACCCACGAGGCCACCACAUAGAACAAGAGGCGACUCUAACGGUCCUUGUGGUGCCACCUGGUCGUCUCAGAAAAGGUCGCCUCUGAAACAUGGUGUUUCUCGUGAUGCUUCUUUCUCAUCGGAUUUCAGCGAUGAUGCUUUCGACGCCGAGGCCCUCGCAUGUGUCGAGCAGGUACUUGCCCAAACGCAGGUGAACAAUGAAGCCAAUGGUGGUGUGUCUCACGGUGGGAAUGGUCCCUGGCAGAGACCCGCAUCUCAGUCUCACGCCGCUGCUGAGACUGUCCACAAUAAUACAGCUCGAGAUCCAUACCAGCCUAUCCCGGCGGAGGGGCGAACGCCACCGCAACCGCCAAAGAUUUCAACAAAGGCAGAUUUUGACGAGUUUGAUGACGACGAUGACGAUGACUUAAUGAACGAGAUGCUCGACCUUGCAGCACAAUAUGACUCCCAACAACAAGCACCGGUGGCUGCACAGGGGGCUGUUGCAUGUCCGACUUCGCAGACAGACACACAGACCAAGCACCUUGAAACACUUGACGAGUUUGAAGACGCCUUCGAUGAUGACGAACUAUGGGAAGACAUUGCGAACGCAACACAAAAGGGGAGGACGCCGGUUGGAUCGAAGGAUCAUACAUCAAACAAUAAUCGAGCUAUCAACCGCUAUCUCAUCCUUGAUGUCUUUGAUCACCAGUACGAAUCCAAGCCAGGCCGUAUGCGGCCUGAGAAGCUGCUCUCGGUCAAAGAUGAGAGGACCAAGAGGCUCUAUAAUAUCCUUCUACGGGAGUCUUGGUAUGACACUCGGUGUACCAAGGGCUCCUACGUCCACAUCAUCGGCCGGUUCGAUCGCACAGGCCGGUGCGUCGUUGACGAUGCUGACAACAUGAUCAUCCUCCACCCGGACCACCUCAUCUCGUCGACCGUUGUCGGCGACUCCUUCACUUGCAUGCGCCGCGCCGUCCUCCAAGACAGGGUCAAAGCAACCAAUGCAGCUAGUCAGCCUCAAGUGUACGGCCACAUCCUCCAUGAGGUUUUCGGACAUGCGUUGACGGUGAACAAAUGGGACCGGCAAACGUUCCGAGAAAUCAUUGACAAGGUUCUGCCUUCCUACAUUGAGUCGCUGUACGAGAUUGGAGUCCGAAUCCCAGAUGCGACAGAGUAUCUUCUAGGCAAGCAAAGCGAGCUGAUGGGAUGGGCGAGUGUCUUCGUCGGUGAUAGCCUGUCUGCAGAUGCUGUCAUUCGUGAUCGACACGGCGUCCUCGUGCCAGCAACCAUCAACAAGCUGCUGGAGCUCGAAGAACAUAUCUGGUCUCCGAUGUACGGCCUCAAGGGCAACAUCGAUGCCACAGUUCAAGCGCAAAUGAGGCUGCCAAACGAUGAAAAGCCUCGAACCCUCCUCGUACCUUUCGAACUCAAGACGGGCAAGAGAGACAAUGUCGAGCAGCACCGUGUUCAGACCGCACUUUACACCCUCCUACUAUCUGACAGAUACGAUAUCAAUGUCACCUGCGGCAUGCUGUACUACCUAGAGACCAAUAAAACAUUCCGCGUCGAAGGCAUCAGAAACGAAAUCCGCCACAUGAUCAUUGAGAGAAACGAACUGGCAUGCUAUGUCCACGACAAGCUGGCUUUACCACCAAUGAUCAAGAAGCAGCAUAUGUGCAAGAGCUGCUAUUCGAAAUCGGCGUGCUUCACCUACCAUAAGCUAUGUGAAGAUGGCACGGCAGAAUCUAGCGGCUUGGGCGACAAAUUCACUGAGGUCGUCUGCCACUUGUCUCCUAUCCAUCAGACUUUCUUCAAGAAAUGGGACGAUUUGCUCACCAAAGAAGAGCGAGACUCGAUGAAGUUCCGCCGAGAGCUCUGGACGAUGCUGGGCUCAGAGCGAGAAGCCGUUGGUCGGUGCUUUUCAGAAGUGGUGAUCCAGCCCGGAUCGGCAUUCGAGAACCCAGCGAGUUCAAAGAUUAACAGAUUUGAAUACACUUUCGUCAAACAGAAACACCGACCAGGCUUCUCCUUUACCGAAUCGCAAAUCACCAUUGGGGAGCCGAUCGUGAUUUCCGACGAGAAGGGACAUUUCAACUUUGCGGCAGGAUUCGUGACGAACGUGCGACCUAACAGAGUUGUGGUGAUGGUCGACCGGCGGCUACAACGGGCGCAGCGCAAGACUGAAGGCUUUGACCCUGUUCACAACCAAGUCUUCGCCGCUCAGGAUAGUGUAGGCCAAGGCCUACCAUCUCCGUCUUCGCAAUCUGAAGACCCUAUCCUGUACCGCAUUGACAAAGAUGAGUUUGCGAAUGGAAUGGCGACAGCCCGGAACAAUCUUCUCCGUAUUAUGGAGAAGGACCUCUGGCGAGCACACGAGCUGCGACAGCUCAUUGUCGAAAACAAGGCCCCGGAGUUCAAGAUCACGUCAACGGGUUACACGCUAUCCGGGCCCGCAUCCCAACAAGACCUCAAUAUUGAUCAACGGAGGGCUCUGGAGAAGGUUAUGAGUGCGAAGGACUACGCCCUGGUACUCGGUAUGCCUGGAACCGGCAAGACCACGACCAUUGCUCAUAUUAUCCGAGCUCUUGUGUCCCAGGGCAAGUCGAUCCUGUUGGCUUCCUAUACACACACCGCCGUGGACAAUAUUUUGCUGAAAAUCAAGGACGACAAAAUCCCCAUUUUGCGGAUUGGAGCCGUCAAUAAAGUCCACCCGGACGUGCAAUCAUUUGCGGAUAUCUCUGGCAUACCCAAGCGGACAGUUGAGGAAUUGCAUGUGUCCUGGCACGAAAGCAAAGUUGUGGCGACGACUUGCUUGGGUGUGAAUCAUGGCAUAUUCAAUGCCAGAACCUUCGACUAUUGUAUUGUGGACGAGGCUUCCCAGAUAACGUUGCCUGUCUGUCUUGGUCCGAUCCGAAUGGCAAAGACCUUCAUUCUGGUCGGUGAUCACUAUCAGUUACCUCCGUUGGUACAAAACAAGCAAGCCAUGGAUGGUGGACUGGAUAUCAGCCUCUUCAAAUUACUGUCCGAGGCACAACCAGGCUCGGUCGUCAGUCUCGAACACCAGUACCGAAUGGCGGAAGACAUCAUGCUGCUGUCCAAAGAGCUUGUGUACGCAGGCCGAAUCAAGUGCGGCAAUGAAGCCGUUGCAAAACGCAUGCUGUUUAUACCAGAUCCGGAUGCCGGGCUGGCAGCACACCAUUUUACGGCGUCGUCCUGGCUCGGAUCCGGCGACGGCACGCACGCCAUCUGUUUCGCGGAUGCCAGUUGCUGGCUUCAGUGUGCAUUGGCUCCGUCCUCUCGCUGUCUGUUUCUCAACACCGACACGAUUACUCCCAAUGGCGCCGCUCGUGAAACAGUGGCAGGCGCCCGCAUUACCAACGCAGUCGAGUCGAUUCUGACGGCACAGCUUGUCACGACGUUGAUUCAGUCGGGCGUGUCACCGCGGUCAAUCGGCGUCAUCACCUUUUAUCGGUCUCAGCUCGCGCUCCUGAAAGCAGAUGUCAAGUCUCUUGCCGGUUCUGUCACCGCCGGUGAGGUUGAAAUGCACACGGCCGACAAAUACCAAGGACGAGACAAGGACAUGGUGAUCCUCAGCUGUGUCCGAAGCAAUGACCACAACCAUGUGGGUGACCUCCUCAAGGAUUGGCGCCGAGUGAACGUCGCAGUGACACGGGCAAGGAGCAAGAUGUUGAUUUUGGGGAGUAUGGGUACCUUGGCCGGCAGUGGUGUGCCCAUUUUACAAGGACUAACGAAGAUUAUGACUGAGGCAGGAUGGGUUCUGGAGCUGCCCGGGGGAGUGUGCGGGAUGCAUUGCUUCGAAAGCACCGUUACCCAAGGCAACGCACACACGCAGCGGAGCGUUCCUGCAGGUCCUGAGACACACGCGGAGUCCACGUCAGCGUCGCCAGCAAAGAAGAGAAAGCAGCCAUUGGGACAAUCGCACAACGGCAGCGUUGCUGGUAACCCCAGCUCUGCGAAGAAACAGAAACAGAAACCGUAUCAAGUCAAGGGAGUCAUACGACAGCCCGGCAAAGUGAUUCGAGGGAAUGCUCUUGUCGGCGGUCGCAGUGACGGUCUUGGAAAGUUCUUGGAUAAUAGGCCAGUCAUGCGCGACGUGCUUAACCAGCUCUCGCUCGAUGGCGUGGACAAGGAGAAUGCCGACUCGCAGGAUCACAGGGCCACGGAUAUGUUUGAGGAUAUGGAUGCGGAUUUUGAUGCAACGGACUUUGAAGUAUAUUGA